CGCUCGCCAGGCUCUGGUGGGGAGUGACGGAAGGCAGGUCGUCGAAGGGGCGCGGGGGCGGAAGCCUGUCUGCCCUGAAGGACCUUCCUCGCUCAGCUUCGGGGCGAAGCCUUCGGUUGCGCCUUCCCCCAUUUGGGGCAUCGGUGGGACUGAAGAAGAGCCCCUCCGCCCCUCCCUUUUCCUUACGCCACCCCCUUUCAGGGAGCCCACAGGGGCCAGCUGGGCUCUCCUUUCUCGGGUCUUCCUCCUCGUCCUGCCUUUGGAGCGAUGCCGCCGCCCCUUCCUCCCCCCCCCGAGUCGGUGUCGCUUGGGCGAGCGAGCGAGCAGACGAGCUGGUGGCCCCGGCCGCGCGUCUCGCCACGAGGCUCCGUGGGAGGCCUUAUCUGCAAGAAAAGAUCUUCAGGGAACACUUGAAAAGAAAGAAUUAGCCCCCAAACUGAAAGGACUGGGUCGACGUACUAGCGGUUCAAACAGCUGACACAACUUCUCAUCAACUACACUUGUUGAGAUGUAAUUUUUUCUUGGACCAACCCGGCUGCUAAUACCAUUCAGAGAAGAAGCUUAUUGAAAGCUUGUGUGCUCUGCAGAAAGAGCAACUGUGGGAAAAGCAGUUACUGGAGAUGGAGAGUGAGGCAAGCAUGGAGAUGGAAAAGAAAAAGCCCACAGAGGCGAAAAAGAAAACGCCCGAGGAGGAGGAGGAGGAGAAGGAGAAGAAAAAGCUCUUGAAGGCAGAGGAGAAGCUAACAGCAGCCAAGGCAGCCUUGACUGAGCUCCAGAUGAGCAAGGGAGACAAAACCCAGCAAGGCAAUGAUGUGCAGAAGGAUGAGCAAGACCUGCGGCAAAUGAUGGACAUCCCUGCUGAAUGCUGGCUGCAACCGGACAAGAGUUUGAGGGGUGUGUUAGAGAAGCAGCAGCCGCAAAUGGCCAUUCAAAAGAAUUCAGAGGCAAAACCCGAGAACCUCCCAGACAAAGAAUUUUUAAGAUGGGCAUCAGGGGGCCUGGCUCUGCAGGGCAUUUACCAAACCGACAAGCUCCCAGACCUGCUGGGGAAACGGGAGCAGCUCAUCCAGGUUCCAGAUGGAUUUGAGCUCUUCUGCCCUACGCAGGGGAUGCGGUUUGAGAAGAUGGAGUUUUCAUCUUCAGAAGCAGAAUCGGCAUUCAAGAAGACUGUGGAGCAUCUGGGAUUCAGCUUUGGCCUCUCGGCUAAAGUGGGCUAUUGGGCGGAGUGUGCAGAGUCCCGCUUUGGUUACACCAGAUCUUCAGAAUCUAAAAAAACCUCCAGGUCUCAGUCUGAACAUGCGUACAUCUGCACAACCGAAUAUAACUACAUCCCACUAGCCUCAUGCUACUUCAUGAAGGACCAGCUAAGGCUUUCUGAUUCAGCUCUGCAAGAGCUAAAAAACAUUGAACGGCUUUUGAGACUCAUCUCGGAUAACGACAAGGCGAACAUGCUGAAGAGUUGGUGUGAGAACUUUUUCAACAGAUUCGGCUCUCAUGUCAAUCAGGGGCCCCUUCAUUUUGGUGGCAUAUUCUGGUGGAGAGCAUCUUCUGAGGGAUUUAAAGCUGAAAAACGAGAAGAGAUGAAGAAACAAACCUUGGAUGCUCUCAGUUUCUUUGUACAGGGUAGCCAUGCUUUUCCUAUUGGUAGCGUAGGACUUGAUGGUAAAGGAUCCAAGAGAGGUUCCUCAGCAUCAACUGAAAGUGCCCAUAGACAGGCAUUUCAUACAGCAGUCCAGCUCUCUGUAACUACAACAGGUGGCCCCCCUGAUGUGGAUUCGCUUGCACCUUGGAAAUCUGGUUUAUUGGCCAGUAAUAAAAGCUGGAGCAUCAUUGACCAGGGUGAGGAGUUUAUCUCUGUGUGGGACAUUGCAUUGUCCAACCACAAGAAAGAUUUUGAAGAUGUUCUGGAAAUAACUAAAGGCCUGCAGGAUUCCUAUGUGGCUUUGACUGGUAAAAAAAUGUGUACAGCAUUGAAUUGGAAGGAACUGAGCAUUAUAGAGGAAGAAACCAGGGCAUUCUUGGAAGGCCUCAAGGAAUGGAGGAUCACUGGUGAUAAAGAAAAAAUAGUUGAAUUGGUUAAUUUCAAAAAGAAGCUGUAUAAUAUCACCAAGUCGGACUACAUGUGGGUUCACACAUGCCUGUCAGAUCAGGUGCUUCAGAAUUUCCUGAAAGAAACCACUUCAUUAUACAAAAGUUCAAUGGCCCCAAACAUCAGCCACAACAGAUUUCUUCUCCGCUGCCUUCUGGAUCCUCACAUCUAUACAGUCUCAAACUUUCCCAAUGCAUCCAUGAUAAUGAAGUGGAUCUUUGCCACUGAGGAAAAGCAGCAAAAAGCAGUCUCUGUUACAACACUGGAUGACUUCACUAGAAUCCUUCAGCAAAUUAAGAGCAGCAUUCAGGAAGCUGCCCUAAAGCCUACGAACUCUGCAGCAGCAAUGCAGGAGGCAGUGGUGAAAGUUUCUACAGAUCUGAGCUCAGAUUUAUGCUCCUUACUAAAUGUCUUGCGGAACAGCUUCCAAAAAGACAUAGGACUCUUACUGCUGCCAGUUGCGUACAGUGUUGGAUACCACGUGGAAAAUAAUUUUUUCCAAUAUCUCCUUGGAUCACCAGAAAUUGAGUUCAUGUUAAACCAAAUAAAAGCAACAUAUGAGAAAUAUCUGGCUGUGUGUGACCAGGAUGCUUAUAGAGCUCAGGCUUGCCUUCUCCUGAUGGGUCUGAAAAUAUCAGUUGACGGUAACGAUUUGCCUCCAGAUGAGAAGAAGAAACGCUUGGCUUUUAUGGAUCAAUACAUGCAACCAUCUUGGGAAAAGGAAGCUGCCAGUGUCCUCAGAAAGCAUGACAUUCGGAAUAACUGGGAUUUGCUGGAAAGAGAUUUGGCCUACCUCGUUGAAGGGAAUUUUGAAGCGACCAACGAUGAGCAUCAGAAAGAGGCCAUCGUAAGAGAACUGAAAUGUAUAUUCCAGGAAAGCAAUCCAACAGGAAACACGGAAUGCAAACGUGCACAGGAUUCCACCCAGGACAGAACUUGCAAUGACAACACAAACCAUGAGUUUUUAAAUUUGAUCAAGACCCUUGGGUUAGAGAAGUAUUAUCCAAAUAAAAUGCAGAUGACAGACUUCCACUUCAUUCACAAUACAUCUUUAUAUGGCAGUCAGCCCAGUACUGAAAGUGAGCUCCCCCUUUAUUUCUUGGAAAAACUAUUAAUGUUGGAUUAUCGGGCAAGAUACCUGGUUUGCAAAGAUAAUAUUAAACCAGACAAUGUGUCAAACUUUGCGGAUGAUGCAAAUAAACCCUUAGAUGAUUUAGAUUAUAUUUUUAGUGACGUUAGUGAGGAGCAUCAUGAAGCUGUUCAGAGCAGUCAGAAACAUGUCCAUCCAAUGGAUGUCCAGAUGGCCAUUUUCCUUUGCGCAGAUGACUUCACAAGGCAAUACAUUGCAACAAAGCUCUCGAUCUGCCAGUUUGCCCUCCCACUUUUGGUGCCAGAACCAUGCACUUCACAGAUAGAAUUCCCUCUUUGGUCCUUUGGCCAGGUCAACAAGAAGUGGAAAUGUGUUGAGGAACUUCUGGAGAAGAGAUUUAAAAAAUGCAAAGAUGAACUGAUUUAUCAGGCAACUACGCCUGUGGUGUCUUUCAUUAGAUUUGGCACUUCUCUGUCCUCUAAAUCCCAGCUUUUGAACAAUUUGUUGAGUAAACAGAAGCAUAAUAUAUUUUUCCAUCGCCAUUGUAAAGGAAGUAGCAAAAACUGUCUUUUAAUGAAAGGCGUUGUGGAAAUCGCUUGGUAUUGUCCUGGUGGGGAUGAUGACACUUUUGAUACUUGCACUGCAUUUACUAAUCUUCAUGGAAAUGCAAUGGAACAUGAACAGCAAGUCCGAUUUUUGCAGGAAGUAUCUUCUGUCACUGUCAUUCUCUUAUCAGAAAGUGAUCGGAAUGGAGAUGCCAAAUCUUUUCUGAAAGAACUCCUCAAGUCUCCUCAACCUUUAAUUUUUCUCUGUGUUGACAAAGAGCAAAUUUUCGGUAACAGGCAUAAAACACGAAUAAGAAUAGCGGUCAAAAACCGUAAUGAAGCCGAAUUAAUUGAGGAACUGAGGCAAGGAAUUAAUGAUGCUCUAAAGGUUUCAAAUAUGGUUUACAGUCUUGAAAAGUGUGCACCCAUCGCCCGAAAGUAUGGUUUCCUUGUGGAUGAAGAUAAAGAAGAGUGUAGAACUGGCAAAACAAUGGCAGAAAAUUUAGUAAGCAUUCUGAAAAAAGAAAAUAUUCUAGAAGCGAAAAGCAAGCUGCUGCCCCUACAGGGGUCAUUGUGGCAUAAGUGGUGUGCCAAAGAUAGAGAACAAACCCAUUUACAAGACCACAAGAGCAUGGGACUUGAGCAGCAGAUAAGCCAAAUAAACUCUGCAAAGCAAACAAUAAGGCAUGAUCAGUUAAAGCAGGCUUUCCCCCUAAAUGACUGUAUGAAAUUACUGCUUAUGCAUCUGAACUCUUCUUCACAUAGCAUCAAAAUGUAUUUUCUUCAAUGGCUGAAAAUAUUUAUAGCUGACCUGGCCUCAAAUCAUCUGGCAGAGCUUCAAGAGACUUACCAUGAAUUAUGGACUCAAAAGCAAGCAGGAGACAGUAGCGAAUUGCUUAGUGAACUAUCACAUAAAAUAAGCGAGUCCACCUUUGGUUUAGAGCAUCUUCUGAGAGAGGUAGGGCAACUCUAUGAAGCACUGGAUGUUUCGUCGCCUCAAGAGAAUUGUGUUGUUCAGCUGCUGCCGCAGAUAGCAGCUGAUCUGAUGGAAUCAGGUUAUCCCAUUGAGCUGAUGGAUGGUGAUGCUUCACAUGUGCCAUUGAAGUGGAUCAGUUCCAUCUUUGACAAAUUAGCUGAGAAGCUGGGGGACAAAGAAGUGUUUGUGCUUUCUGUCCUUGGUAUCCAGAGCUCAGGAAAAUCGACACUGCUGAAUGCAAUGUUUGGUCUUCAGUUCACCGUCAGCCCGGGAAGAUGUACUAAAGGUGCUUUUAUGCAACUCGUUAAGGUGAGUGACAAGCUCAGGCCAAUGCUAAAAUUUGACUUUUUGCUCAUAGUUGAUACAGAAGGACUUCAGGCCAUGGAACUAGAAAACAGGUCAACCUUUAAUCAUGACAAUGAGCUAGCCACCUUUGUCAUUGGCUUUGGUAACAUGACAGUGGUCAAUAUUUUUGGAGAGAACCCUUCGGAAAUGCAAGAUGUCCUCCAGAUUGCUGUACAAGCAUUUUUAAGGAUGAAAAUGGUAAACCUCUCUCCAAGAUGUUUGUUUGUGCACCAAAAUGUUGGGGAAAUAACCACAGAAGAAAAAAACAGGGAGAGCCGACGAUGUAUCCAGAAAAACCUGGAUGAAAUGACCGUCACUGCAGCUCAGCAAGAAUCCUGUGAUGUGAGCUGUUUUAGUGAUGUCAUCCAGUUUGAUGUGAACUCCCAUGUUCACUAUUUUCCUCACCUCUGGGAAGGAGAACCACCCAUGGCUCCACCAAAUCCCAGUUAUAGCCAAAAGGUACAAGAACUCAAAUGCAAGAUUCUCAUAGAUGCAAAAGAAAAAUCUCAACGGGGUCUUCUAAAGAUUUCUGAAUUAAAAACACACACUCGGAACCUGUGGGAAGCGUUACUAAAUGAAACAUUUGUUUUCAGCUUUAAAAAUACCCUGGAGAUUGCUGUCUAUAGCGAGCUAGAGAACAAAUAUAGCAAAUGGACCUGGGAACUGAGAAGCUUCAUGCUUGAUCUGCACCACAAGCUGAAUAUCCAGAUCCAAAAUGAGAAAAUUCAUUGCAUCGAGAGAUUGUCCCUGGAAGAAAACAUUCAAAGCAAAUAUGCAGCUACUAUGGAUGAUUUGGAAAAAUAUUUUUCUGAUGAUAGAAAUAGCAAGCUGCUAAUUCAGUGGAAAGAGAAAACUAAAAUUAAAAUAGAGUGUCUAAAAGAAGAGCUCAUUAAUUCAACUUACCAAAAUUGUGAAAAGCUUAUUAAUCUGAAGAAUCGCCAGAGGAGUUUUGAAGAAAGGAAAUCCACGUACAAAGACGAGUUGCUUAGAAUAAGCAAAGUAGUAGCUCUACAGUUCAGAAAUAAAGAACUAAGUGAAAGUGAGCUGAGAGAUCGCUUUGAUAACAUGUGGAAAGAGUGGAUUGCUGCAGUUUCUCCUCCUGUGCCUCACGCUAAACAUUUCACUAUUCAAAUGGAUGUGGAACGAUUCCUCUGUGAAUACUUCAGUAGAGAACAUGGCAUCGGUGAGAGGAUUAAAGAGUCUGCCAAAUGGACACGUUUUCCUGCUGAUCCGCGGUACAUCACAGUGAAAAAAACUGAAUUUGGCCUCUCAAAGCCUGCACACAAAACCACCCCAGUGUUUAACUCAAUAAUUACUUUAACACAACAGCUGGAGAAGCUUAUCGGUGAGUACAUUAAGAAGAAAGAAGAAAUCAUGAAUUAUUGUUCCAGCUAUUUUCAUGAGAUAGUGGAGAUAAUAAAUGAGACAAUAUCUAAAUCUGAAGACACACACCUGACAGUGACACCUUCGUACCGAGUAGAUGUAUCCUUCUAUUUAUGCCAGAUGGCAGCAAGACAGUUUACAGAAAUGUAUCAAGCAUUUCAGAGAGAGAACGAUCCCUCCUGCUAUCUCGAAAGCAAGAGAGAAGAAUUCUUUAAGUCAUUUGUCAUAUCCUGCCAAGGAGCAAAAUCCAUCACAAUGUUUGCUGCCUUUGUGUGCAACCAUCUUCACUUGGCAAUCCGUGAUGCAGUCUUUGGAAAGACUGCCCUCAGCAUAGUCAACAAGAUAAAGGCUGAAGACCCCGCUUUAAACAGUAAUCGAGAUAACCUGGAAAGGUACAUGCUGUUUCAUCUUGCCGAACAGGAAAACUUUGAUAAAUACAUGGAGUACAUUUACAAUCCCAGUUACUAUAUAGGGGAAUUCAUCAGGAAGCGAGUUGAUAAAUAUUGUUUAGGUGAACAGAAUCAAAUAUUAAAGAAUAUCUUAAAGUCUUAUCUCGGUGGUUUGCAAGAGCUGAUUUGUCAGGCUAUUGAUGACUCAACACAAAUUGUUGAAGAUAAAGGAGGCAAUGUGUCUCUGUGGCUGGAUGAAUUCUGCAGCAGAUUAGAAGACGAUCUAGCCUUCCCAAGGCACACCAUGAGUACCGUUGAGCAUCAAGAAGUAACAGACAUUGGGUCUCUUAAAGAAGCUAUGAAUGAUUCACUGAGCCUUGUGCUGCGCAGUCUAGAACAGACAUUCAUGGAGACUGACUUGGAACCUUUUUUUGUAAAACCUCAUGAAAUCCUCUUGGAACAGCUUUGUGGAUGCCUGAAGCAAUGCCCCUUUUGCAAAGCCAUUUGCACAAAUACCAUUCCCAAUCAUGAUGGAACACAUAGCACUCGGUUCCACCGUCCUCAGGCCCUGACUGGUAUCCAGUGGGAAGGAACAAACCAUUUUGUCACUGAUAUUUGCUCCAAUAUUGUAGCAAGUGAUUCCACAUUCAUUUUUGAUGGGAAGAGAAUUCCCUGCAAACAGUAUCAAACAGCAGGAUCUAAUUAUGCAAAGUGGCUUAUUCAACGAAAUGCCUCCUUAGAGGGUUACUGGAAAUGGUUUGUCUGCCACUUUAGAACUGAAUUAGAAAAGACCUACAAAGGGGUUUUUGAGGGAAAGGGAGCGAUACCACGUGAGUGGGAAAACAUAUCAAAAGUGGGGAUUUAUCUGGAUAUAAUUGGAGAUAAUAUAGGAGAAAAAAUAUCAGCAGAUGUGUUUCAGCUUCUAGAAGGGAUGAUAAUGAGUCACGGUGUCAAUCGUCUGACUCAGCUCUCCUGAGAGACCAGCUCCAUUAGGCUUUUUCCUUAGUUGUAAUCUACAGCAGCCAUUACACCAGACUGUGGAAAAGAGAGAUGGGGGGGGGCUCAUCUACAUGGUGGUUUACUGUGUGUUUGGUGCUAGUCACAUCUUUUAAUUUGCAUGGUUCACAUGUUACUGGCAAACAGAAACUAUCAUGGAGUUUUCCCCUUGUAAAUCUGUACUAACCAAAUCCUACUAAAAGGGAAGAAAAAUGUCUUCACUCUGUAUCUCUAGUGCUUGCAGACGCUUUGCUCCGAUGCUUUUAGGUGGGUGUGUCAAUUGUUCCCCUCUCCAUGGCCACUCCCCCCCCCCAUUUUGUUUCCUGUAGGCUGACAAGCAACUUCUGGCUGCUCUCCUCCAUUCUGCUGGCCUUUUUUUGUGUUGCUACAAAUGGUGCCUUAUUUUUCUUUCCCCCCUAACUUGUGUGCAAAAGCUUAACGCUGCUUAAACAAAGCUUUUUUUUCAGCUGUGUUGUACCAGUGAAAAUACAAAUAAUUGCACUUCCGGGUUUUGUUUUUUUAAUGAAACCUACUGCAGCUGGUAGAACAAACUGAGCAUGCUUGGCUGCCAAGUAACCAGAGGGAAUGGAAAUGUUAAAUUAGAGGGUGUGGUCAUUAGGAAACUGCCUGAUUGAGCCUUCCCCUCAGUGUGAACAGAAAGCACUGUGUUUGCAGCUGACAAAACAACAUCUUUAGUAUGAAGUUAUGCUCCCAUGAGGAUAAGCCCAGAGAUGGGAUUGCAGAACCUUUCCAUCAGCUCAUAUGAAAGACCAACAACUCCUCUCCUUGAAAUCUUUCCAUUACUGCUGGUCUUUACAAGAAAUUAACCAAGGAAGUUAAAGUAACUAAGAAAUUGUGCCGGUUUGCUUUAUUCAUCCUCCCUCCCCAUCUCUUCUCCUUUUGUGUCAUGCUUUUUAGGCUGCAUACGCAUCAGCAGUGAUCGGAGUGGUGAUACAGGCAAAGUGUUGCUGCCGCUUUCCAACAGGAAGAGGUGCAGGGAGCUCAGCACGGUGCAGCCAUGGCAGCAGGGAGUGUUGGAUUGGCUCUGCUGCUGCGCAUGCAUCAUGCUAGCCUCCCUGCCCCUCCCCCUUCCCCCCCCUCCCCAAAGCAGCAGUGAUGCUUGGUGUUAAGCCAGGUGGGCAAUGCUGGCCUACCUGUGCCACCCUGCCAGUUCCUGGGUGGGGCACACCAUGCAUUUAAAGCACACAUCCCUUCCAAAGAAUCCUAGGAACUGUAGUUUACUCCUCACAGAGCUACAGUCCCCAGCACCCUUAACAAAUUACAGUUCCCAGGAUUCUUUGUGGAUUGGGGGAAUGUGCUUUCAGUGUGAGGUGUGUAUGCAGCAAUAGAAUGUAAGCCUUAAGAUAGGGACUAUUUUACUAAUGAUCUGCUCCAGAGGGUCAGGAGAGCCCCCACCAGAGUAGCGCGCAAGGGGAAGAGUGGCGAGAUUGCUCCAUCAGGCAAGCAGAAAUGCUUACACUGGUAGAGCAAUCUCCUUACAGCUACGGUGAAUACAACCCUAUGUUUUAUGUGGGUCUGUCCACAUGAGUAAUGAAAUUAAUACAAAAUUAAUGGGAAAGUCUAGACACCUGGUCCUUUUGCUAAUUGAUAUUAAAAGGUGUAUUCAGUUUCUCUUACUUCGUUCUCUUUUCUGGGGGAGGAUGUAUGUUUUUUAUUUACUAUUCUUUCUUGCUUCCUGCUCUUUGCUAUGCCUCAUGUGCUUCUCCCAGUUGAAGGCAGCAAGGCCUGGCCUGCGGCCUUUGACUUUUAUUGAUCUAAUAUGCUAGAACUGUUUUACAACUGUUUCAUAGCUGGAGGGAGUUAGGAGGAGCCUAUGUUAUUUACUAAGAUUGAUUGCUUUGUCAGUGCUUUUUAUUAGUUCAUACAAUUAUUAAACCAUUAAUUGGGAUAAAUUUCAUCUUUAAGUUGCCUUAAGUUACUUUGUUCUCAAAUAUCCCAACUUACAUGUUUUAUUUUCUCUUAAAUUCUGUACCAUUUCAGAAUAUUAUUAAACUUUGU